CAAACACUGCCAGUGUCGCACGAUUCUAACUGGAACGGUUCGGUAUCGUUGACUGUCGGACCGAAAUGGGCGCUCAGCGUUACGGUGAUCCGUAAUCGCAACUAAUCAGUGAUUGUUUUCCAUUUGAUAGACCUCGCAGUAUUACUGGGCUCGGUCGUGGCGCUUGGCUAAUCUCUGAGCUAGUCGCCACAAUCUCCGACGCCAAGCCUCCGCUCAUCCUCGCCUUCUGCGUGGUGCGAUUAGUUUUGGCUUUCGCGUUGGUCCCGUGUUAUCGUUAUCUCACACGUACGACUUAGCUGGUAAUAAAUCGGUAUCGGCAAGUCAUUAUAUAAUACUUCAAUCGCUUGCUACAUAGCAACUCUUAGUUUAGUUCCGAACGUUUCGCAAUCAGAACCUUCGGCGACUUGCUGCGCUCCAUUGGGUCGCCAGAUUCGAAACACUUGGGUCCUCAACAGAGAUGAACUCCUGAGGCAUCGCUCACCCACGAAUUCCUGUCAGUCAGUUACGAAAGACCACCACGAUGUCUGCAGAAAAAAAUAAUAAGAUGCACAUGCCUCCACAGCAGGGUAUGCGCCCGGCGAAAUUCAGCAGUGCGGAUUCUAUACCGGUGACUUACGUUGUUUCAGUCCUAGCUGCCACCAAUUCCGAGUUCGUUACCUAUCCGCUGGACCUGACCAAGACACGGCUCCAGAUACAAGGGGAGAUGGCCGAUAAAGCUAUGCAGAAGGCCCCAUAUCGAGGAAUGUUUGCAACAGCGAUGGGUAUUGUUCGGGAAGAAGGAUUUUUUAGUUUAUGGCGAGGUAUGACACCAGCAAUUUAUCGUCAUGUCGUUUAUAGUGGUGUUCGAAUAGUUAUGUAUGAUUCACUACGGAAACGGUUCUCCGAUCAGGACGUCGCUAACACACUUCCACUGUGGAAAGCAGCUUUGUGUGGCAUCGUAUCAGGCUGUACAGCACAAUGGCUGGCAUCUCCAGCUGACUUAGUCAAAGUUCAAAUUCAGAUGGAAGGAAGGCGUAGGUUGAUGGGACUGGAAGCUAGGGUUCAUGGCACAUAUCAUGCCUUCAGAGAAAUCGUCCGUCGAGGCGGCGUGACUAGCUUAUGGAAGGGAAGUCUUCCAAAUGUUCAACGGGCAGCCAUGGUUAACCUAGGUGAUUUAACAACGUAUGAUGUUGCCAAACGUUUCAUAAUGCGUAAAACUAAUUUACCUGACUCUCCUACCGUGCAUAUUUUAUCUUCGAUUUGUGCUGGAUUCGCGGCGGCAAUUCUCGGAACGCCCGCAGAUGUGAUCAAAACUCGAGUUAUGAAUCAACCUACAGACGAGCACGGGAGAGGACUUCAUUAUCGUGGCGCCAUCGACUGUUUCUCUCAAGCUUUAAAAAAGGAAGGAUUCUUCGCACUGUACAAAGGAUUUCUGCCAUGCUGGUUACGUAUGGCGCCAUGGUCUCUUACGUUUUGGUUAUCGUUCGAACACAUACGAAAAAUAAUUGGUGCUUCAAGCUACUAGGGUUAAAUCGGCGAGUUGAUAACAAAUUUUUGUUAUUCGAAAAUCAUUUUAUUAGUACAUUAGUAACGAAAUAGUAGUAAGAGCAAAAUUUUGUAGCAAUGUGGACGCCCAAAAUCAAGGCUGUUUAAUUAUACAAAGAAAACAAAAAGCAAUAAAAAUAUUUUUUUUUUAAA